UUAGGUGUGGACCGGUAUGAGACAGGUUGGACUGCACUAGUGAAAGAAGGAUUUGUAAAGCUGAGGACAUGUGUUUUGGAAGCUGUGCUAGAUGUAUUGGUUAUAAGUUGCUCAUCCUUGCCUUGCUCAGCAUCGUGGCCAACAUUUUACUUUAUUUUCCCAAUGGUGAAACAAGAUUUGCUUCAGAGCAUCACCUCGGCAAAUAUGUGGAGUGCCUUCAUGGCAUUCUAGGUGGAGGCUUUUUGGUGCUCAUUCCAGCUGCGGUAUUCAUUGGACUUCACAAUGAUGACUGUUGUGGGUGCUUUGGCCAUGAGGACUGUGGGAAAAGCUGUGCGAUGCUGUCUUCAGUUCUGGCAGCCUUUGUUGGGAUCCUUGGUUCUGGAUACUGUAUAAUCAUUUCAGCACUGGGCUUGUCUCAUGGACCAUAUUGUUUUACUCACCUAGAGAGAAACUGGAUCUAUCCUUUCAGUGAAUCCUCUGGAGGGUACUUGUUUGAGUAUAACAAGUGGUCUAAAUGUCAAGAACCUCAAAACAUCGUGCAGUGGAACGUCACCCUCUUUUCCAUCCUCCUUGUCUUGGGAGGAAUAGAGUUCAUUCUGUGCUUCAUACAGAUAAUCAAUGGCAUUCUUGGAGGACUAUGUGGGUUGUGCUGCAGUCAUGAGGAGACAUAUGUUUGCUAGAAACCUGACAAUGCAUUGACAUUGGUGCAUGCGUGGUGCGUUGAGUAUUCUGUGGUUCUUUGGUUUUGUUUUUUAAUAUUCUAUGCAUACUAAAAUGCACAUCGUUUGUUGUCAAAGUGUGCUGUUGCCAUCAAUUUAAUUGACUUGGGGCCAGCCUUUGUUCUUGGAGUCAUAUGCAGAUUUUCCACUAACCUGCCUGUAUCUAAAAGGAAAACGUAUCCUGAAUUUCUUUGGUUCAUUUCAUCUUAGUACGGUCAACUGCCUGAGCACAUGUCACUGAAGAUGCUUUUUUUUUUUUUUUUUUCUUUUCUACUGACACAACAGCACUGUACUUUUUGCUGCUUUCCCAAUAAAGUUGCACUUUCAUUCUGAUGUUGGAAUGAACACAAACUCAAUCUAGUCUGGCCUGGGUAUAAAUGAAUACUCAGCUGGAGUAAAAACAAAGCAGCAGUAAAAUGUGGAUGAUCAAGGACAGAUACAUGAACUUCACCUUUUCAGGAUUUUUCUGAACUU